AUUGUCAUCUCUCUCCCAUUGCGAGUAGCAGCGGCGGCCUCACGGCCAAGGCGGGGUGGCGGCUACCUCCCCCACCGUGAGCAGCGGUGGCGACGGUGUCACCCUCCUGCGGCUUUCGAUGGGCGGAUCCAGCGACAAAUAUGGAUGGCGCCUCCUCAUUACUGAUGUUGCCCUCUCCGUCGGAUCUAUACCCUUCUCCGCCGACCUCCCACCCCAGGCGAUGGCAUCCAGAUCAGCUCCUCAGAAGACGCGUGGUGUGAGCCGUUAGCAGAGGGCCCCAUGGUAGCUGUGUCCUGGAGGUCGGCGAAGCGGCCUCGGCGACGGCGCGUUCUUAACGUCUUGAGCCUCUGGCGAUCGCCUCUCCUCGCCAUCUUCCUCCGCCACCACCGCCCAUUCUCACGUCGGACGACGAGCUUGUCACCGUGUCAAGACAAAUAAUUAAGGGAGGCCAAUGAUGAAUCCCGAUCUAAACAGAUAUCGCGAAGUGGACAGUGGGGCGGCGGACAAGAAAAGGUGCGACGGGUGAAAAAACGUGGUGACGAUCGAAAAUUUACCGAUUUUUUAUGUAGUUAAGAUAAGAUAUAGAAUGCGGUAAUGAGUAUCUAUGAUAGAAGAGAGAAUUAGUAUUAAUUAUAUUUAGUGGGAAUAAAUUUUGUAGACAUAUAGAAUGCCGUGUGAGAAAGCGAUCGAGCUUUUGUAAAUUUAAAAUCCGUUCUCUAUACGGGCUUGUGCCGCCGGAUAAUCUUGCGAGUACGUGAACAAGCUUGCCAUCGCCAGCCUGAGCCCUGAGCUAGCUUGUACACGCAGCAUCCUACAUGUCUUCUUCCUCUGUCCGUGCAUGCAAGUGUCAACCGGGCCGCCAUGCGCACAAUCCACGUGUCACGUCACCCUCCUCACUCACUCCCUAUAAGAAACUCUCGGCGCGACACGCAUCGUCUUGACCGUCAUCCGCGAUGGCCACGGCGGCGACGGCGACGGCGCGUGCGCACAAUCCGCUGCGCCGCAUGGAGGGCGUCGGGUUCAAGUCCGCGCUCCGGGCCAGCCCGCGCGCCUCCGCGCUCGCCGCGGCCGCGCUCCUCGUCCCGCUCGGCGCCGCUCUGCUGGUCUCCGCCGGGGCCGUGCUCCUGGCCACGCUCGCCGGCCUCGCGCUCGCCGCGCCGCCGCUCGUGCUCUUCAGCCCCGUGCUCGCGCCCGCCGCGGCGGCGGCCGUGAUGGCCGCGGCGGGGCUCCUCGCCGCCGGCGCGCUCGGCGUCGCGGGCGUCUCGGCGCUGGCCUGGACCGUCGGGUACAUCAGGAGAGGCGGCGCGCGUGGGAGUGGGGGCGGCGGCGUGGCCGGGAUGAUCGUGCAGCCGCUAGACGACGGGAAGAGGCACGGCGCGGGAGGGGCGGCGUUUGUCGGGCAUCGUCUCCGGGACGCCGGAGAUGACGACGCGGCGCGCGACAAGGCGCAGGAGGCAGCCAGGGCCUAGCUAGUGGGCGCGAUGCUGGAACUAAUAUAUACUAGUACGGUGGCACUGUGAUGAGCCAUUAUAUCGUCGUACAUGUUUCGUUUAUGUAUAUGUAAAAUGAAGUUGAAUAUUAUUGGUCCCAAAUAUGUGUGUUCAGCUUGUUUAAGGGGUGCCUUUUCUUCCCCAAAUUGCUC